AUGGAUCGUCAGCCUUGCAUAAAGGCUGCCAAGCUCGGCCUCCAAAUAUAUUUCAAGCCCCCGCCAACAUUCAUGGCUCCCCUCCUUACAAUUGAGCAACAACCACAACUUAAAAUGCCUUCACGUCUAGAUUCUCCUUUCAACUUGCAAACAUGUGCUCGCCCAAAUAUUCUUGCAUUGGAGCCAUAUCGAUGCGCACGAGAUGACUAUAAAGAUGAUGGGACUAAUAUCCUCCUCGAUGCCAAUGAGAAUGCCUACGGCCCGUCUCUUCCCGAUAGCACCACAUCAAACCAUUCUCUCAAUUUCCGUGGGCUAAAUCGCUAUCCCGACCCUCACCAACAUCCUCUCAAAUCUCUCUUGUGCAACCUGCGAAACACCCACCACCAUACAGAUCGUUCCCUUCAUCCCCUCAACCUCUUCCUAGGCGUCGGUUCUGAUGAAGCAAUCGAUGCUCUUCUCCGCUGUUUCUGCACACCCUCCGUCGACUCCAUUCUCGUAUGCCCGCCAACUUAUGGCAUGUAUAGCGUAUCAGCACAAGUCAACGAUGUAGCACUCGUGAAAGUGCCCUUAUCACCUGCUCCUGAAUUUGGUCUCGAUGUCCCAGCCAUCCUCGACACACUUUCGAAACCCCAGCCAAAACCCAUUAAACUUAUCUACAUCUGUUCGCCAGGAAACCCUACCGGAUCUUUGAUUCCAAAGGAACAAAUCGAACAGAUAUUGUUGCAUAAGACGUGGAAUGGUAUUGUGGUGGUAGACGAAGCAUACAUAGAUUUCUCACCCGAGGGGUCAUCGCUCGCGGAAUGGGUGAACGAAUGGCCGAAUCUGGUGGUGUUGCAGACGCUGAGUAAGGCGUUUGGAUUAGCUGGUAUACGGCUUGGUGCUGCGUUUGCUAGUGUUGAGGUUGCGGCACUACUGAAUAAUCUGAAGGCACCAUACAAUAUCAGUUCUCCUACAGAGGCACUCGCCUCUCAGGCAUUACAAGAAGAUGGAUUAUCGGUUAUGAGGACGCACAAAGAGAAGAUUGUGGGGCAGAGAGAGAGAUUAUUGAAGGAAUUGCCGAAGGUUAAGGGGGUAGGGCGAUUCAGGGGUGGUGUGGCGAGUAAUUUCUUGCUAGUGGAGAUUUUGAAUCAGGAGGGGAAGCCAGAUAACGAGGUUGCGCGAAAGGUGUAUGAACGUUUGGCAGAGAACAGGGGAGUGGUAGUUAGGUUCAGAGGAAAGGAACACGGUUGUCUAGGCUGUGUGAGAAUAACUGUUGGGACGGAGGAGGAGGUAACAAGGUUCUUGGGGGAAGUUGGUGUCGUUAUUGAAGAGAUUUUGAAGGGCGAGGGGGAGAAGGUAGAAAGUCUAGAGGCAGAGCAGAAGAAGGAAAUUGAAGCUAAUAAUAUCUUGGCAUAG